AUGAAAGCAAUCCCGGUUAAGCUUGAACCUGGGAUACCACCUGCGAACUGGGAAAAAGUGUACAGUUUAAUAGAGCAGAUGCGCAAGACAGGUCCACCUGCUCCUGUUGAUACUAUGGGCUGUGAACGAUUAGCGGAUCAAGAUGCGGAUCCCAAGGUGAAGCGGUUUCAGACGCUGAUCUCCGUAAUGUUGUCGAGUCAAACAAAAGAUACAGUCAACGCUAUUGCUAUGAGUAAUCUCAAAUCUCAAUUACUGGGCGGGCUAUGCUUGGACAGUAUCCUUGCGGUGCCGGAUGCCGAGUUGAACGCAAUGAUCGGAAUGGUCGGCUUUCAUCGGAGGAAAACAGAAUAUAUCAAGAAGACUGCAGUAAUUCUACGUGAUCAAUGGGCAGGCGACAUUCCUGAUACUAUCGAAGGCCUGGUAGCUCUUCCGGGGGUAGGGCCUAAAAUGGGUUAUCUGACAUUGACGGCUGCAUGGAACAAAACUACCGGUAUCGGCGUGGAUGUACAUGUGCAUCGGAUUACAAAUCUUCUUGGGUGGCAUAAAACGAACACACCUGAACAGACAAGAGCAGCGCUUGAAUCUUGGCUGCCAAGUGACAAAUGGGGUCCCAUUAAUCCACUUCUUGUCGGUUUUGGUCAAACAAUAUGUAAGCCGGUUGGAAGGUUGUGCAGCCAAUGUACGCUCUCGACAGGCCUUUGUCCGUCCGUGACAUACACCGCACCAAAAAAGAAGGGAACUAACAUAAAACUGGAAGGAGAGACUGGCACAGACCUAGAUAUGGUGACAGACACGAAGUUGGAAAAGGACGUCGGCGUUAAGAUCGAAGAUAUGGAGGACCUUGUCAAGUGA